AAAGCUUUCCAUAGAUAUGCGUCCAUGGGGAUAAUUUUGUCACAUAGUGCGUUAAUUUCGUCAAAGGAGCUUGCUGAUGAACCAGAAGCACGUGGUUUUUAAAUGAGCAAAGUGACUCACAAUCCUUCGUGGCUAAUUAACUGAGCUGUAUAUAAAGUCUCUAUUUGUCUACUCCUAUGGCGGCUAUUCGUAAUCCAAUUGUCCCCAGCUCUCCACAUGGCUCAGCCAAUCCACAGCGCCGCGGCCCACUUCACGACCUUUUUCGGCCACUGGCUCGAUCACCACCAGGCCCUUCUCGACCAGCUCCUGCCCCUCGCUGCCUCCAAUGGACUGACGACUGAUCAUAACAGCCACCAGCUUGCAUCCGCAAUCGGCCAAGUCCUCCUCCACUACCAGCACUACUUCGACGAGGCAUCGAAGUUAGCCCGCGAAGACAUCUUCCUCCUCCUCUCCGCCCCGUGGCUCUCCCCGCUGGAGCGGACGUUUCUAUGGAACGGCGGGUUCAAGCCCACAUUGGUGUUCAGCUUAAUCGACGGCCGGGACCUGACGGCGGAGCAGGUGCGUGACAUCGAGCAGCUGAGAGCCGAGGCGAAGAGGAAGGAGAGGGAGCUCGGGGAGGCGAUGGCUGGCGUCCAGGAGAGCGUGGCUGCUCCGCCACUGCAGGGGCUGCUGCGGCUACGGGCGAGGGGGGCGAGAGCGUUGGAUGGGGAGGAACCAGACUUGGAGAUGGCAGUGGAGGGGCUGAGGGCGGCGAUGCGGGGGGUGCUGGAGGGUGCCGAUGCGCUUCGUGGGGCCACGGUGAGGGGGUUGAUGGAGGUCCUGAGGCCGGACCAGACCGUCCGCUUCCUGGUGGCGGCCGCUGAGUUCCAGCUCCGCGUUAGGCGGUGGGGCUUAGAAGGAAAUUCUAAGAUUAGCAAAUGGAGAUAAUUUGUUCCUAACAAUUAUAUAGUGUUGGGAACAAAAUACUAUAUUUUUAUUUACUACUAAUAAUUCACAUCUUUCUCUAAGCAAAAAAAAAAUAAAAUCCAAAGAAUCUUUAUAUCUGUGGGCAAUGAUAGCUAAAUUAAUAAUUGUACCGUCAGAGGCUUUUUUUAUAAAUUUAUCAUUUUU